AUGUCCUCCGCGGGAGAGGAGACGACGACAAAAACAACAACACGGAAACCCGCCAAGGUCUACCCGCACUUGCAGCAGCAACAAAACAACCCGCAAUUCCAGGACUCGCCGAAUAGCUCGAACCCAAGCUUCAACAAUGAUUCGAGAUUGACGAUCAACACGGGCGGUUCGUCUUCGCCAGCAUCCGAUGCGAGCCCGUUCUCGCAACCUGCCGGUGGACAGCUACUGGCGCCGCAAGCCGCGUACCGAAGGAACUCGCGACCUACAUCGCAGUACUCGCUGGCGCCCGACAGUCGCGGGCGAUCACCAGGUGCCGAACCGCGCCUUCGUGCGGUUUCUGGCCAUUCCUACGAUAGUCGGCGCUCCUCGUACAUGGACCUGACGCAGCCCGCGCACACGCAGGAGGAGCACCACCGGCCGGUGUCUUCGUUCGACAACUCUUACCUGCAGUCGCAGGUCGGAGCCUUCGCGUCACGGAUGUCGGCCAGGCAGACGCUCGAGAUGUACCGCGCCAACGCGAAGAAGACGCAGGAUCCCAUGCUGCAAUACAACCUCGCCGUGUUUAUGGUACAGCUUGCCCAGCAACAGUCGGCGGAGGGAACCUCCGCUCCUGAAUCACCCGGUCUGCGGAAGAUGUCUGCGGCGAGCGACUCGGCGACUCCUUCCGGCACCCCCACCACCCCCGCGGUGACGAGGAAGGAACUGCUCAAGGAGGCUCGGGAAACGCUGGAACGGAUACAGUCCAAGCUCCCGCAGGCACAGUAUUACCUCGCGGACGCCUACUCCUCCGGGCUGUUCAACAAGGGCCGGGAAGAGAACGAGAAGGCGUUCCCGCUCUUCGUCGCAGCGUCGAAGCACGGCCACGCCGAAGCCGGCUACCGCGCCGCACUCUGCUACGAAUUCGGCUGGGGCUGUAGGAAAGACCCGCUCAAGGCGGUGCAGUUCUUCCGGCAGGCGGCGUCGAAAUCGCACCCGGGCGCCAUGACGCGGCUCGGCAUAGCCUGCCUCCGCUCCGACCUCGGCCUCCACGAUCGCUACCGCGAAGGGCUCAAGUGGCUCAAGCGCGCCACCGAAGUGGCCGACGAGCAGUACCCGAGCGCGCCGUACGAGCUCGGCCUGCUGCACGAAUCCGGCUACGGCGAGAGCGUGCUCCCCGACCCCGCAUACUCCGCACAGCUGUUCACCCAGGCGGCGGAACUGGGACAUGCGGAUUCCAACUUCAGGAUGGGGGAGGCCUACGAGCACGGGAGACUCUCGUGUCCGAGGGACCCCGCCCUCUCGGUACAUUUUUAUACCGGCGCGGCCCAGCGCGGCCACCCAAUGGCCAUGAUGGCACUGUGUGCUUGGUACCUCGUCGGCGCGGAACCAGUGCUGGAAAAGAACGAGGCCGAGGCGUAUGCGUGGGCGAAGCAGGCGUGUGAUUUCGGCCUCCCGAAAGCGGAGUACGCAAUCGGUUACUUUACGGAAAUGGGCAUUGGCUGUCGUCGCGACCCCCUAGAGGCUAAUGUAUGGUACGUCAAGGCCGCCAGCCAUGGCGAUGAGCGCGCCGUCGCUAGGUUAAAGGUUAUCAAUGAGGCGGCUGGCGGAGGCGGCGGUGGCGGGAAGAAGGCGCGGAAACUGGAGAAGGAGAAGGAGAAGGAGAAAGAGAAGGAUAAAGACAAGGAGAAGGAGGGGAAGGAUGGGAAGGAUGGGAAAGAGGGCAAAGAAGGGAAGGAAGGGAAGGGCGAUUGCUGUAUCAUGUGA